AUGGGUAUCAAAGGACUCACACAAUUGUUAUCUGAGCACGCGCCCAAGGCAUUGCGAGAUGUAGAGAUGAAGACUCUUUUUGGACGAAAGGUCGCGGUCGACGCGUCGAUGUCAAUAUACCAAUUCCUCAUUGCAGUGCGACAGAAAGAUGGAGAGAUGUUGAUGAAUGACCAAGGAGAGACAACAAGCCACUUGAUGGGUUUCUUCUACCGCACCAUCCGGAUGGUCGAGAAUGGGAUCAAGCCUGCUUACGUGUUUGAUGGUCGACCUCCAGAGCUGAAGUCCGGUGUGCUGGCAAAACGGUUUGAGAGGAAGGAGGAGGCGAAAGAGGAGGGUGAAGAGGCUAAGGAGACAGGAACCGUUGAGGACAUCGCGCGGCUGGCGGGAAGAACCGUGAGGGUGACACGGGAACACAAUGAGGAGUGCCAGAAGCUGCUUGCGCUCAUGGGUAUUCCGUGCGUUGUGGCGCCUUCUGAGGCCGAGGCACAGUGUGCAGAGCUCGCCCGAGGGGGCAAAGUGUUCGCCGCCGGAUCAGAAGAUAUGGACACGCUUACGUUCAAUACGCCGAUCCUUCUCCGGCACCUUACCUUCUCUGAGGCGAAGAAGAUGCCCAUCAGCGAGAUCAGUCUGGAACUAGCACUAGAAGGGCUGGAAAUGAACAUGAGCAAGUUCAUCGAUCUCUGCAUACUCCUGGGUUGUGAUUACCUCGAACCUAUCAAAGGUAUUGGUCCGAAAAGUGCACUCAAGCUGGUGCGGGAACACGAUAACAUGGAAGAGAUCCUGGAGACUCUGCGAGGAAAGAUGGUGAAGAAGGAAUCCAAGGGGGAUGGUACGCCACCAAAGAAGCGUGGAGGCGUGCAGGUGCCAGAUGAUUGGCCGUGGGAGAAGGCGAAGGAGUUGUUCAUCCACCCAGCCGUGACGCCCGCUGACGAGCUGACGCUUGAAUGGAAGGACCCGGAUGUCGACGGUUUGAUCGAGUUCCUCGUCCGGCAGAAGGGAUUUAAUGAGGACCGCGUGCGAAAAGGCGCGGAAAAGUUGUCGAAGAUGCUCAAUUCUAAACAGCAGGGACGGCUGGACGGGUUUUUCAAGGCGAUGCCGAAGAGCUCGCCUGACAAGAAGGAAGAUGCCAAGGGUGGGAAGGGGCCGAAGCGGAAGGCCGACGACAAGGCCGACGGGGCGAAGAAGAAAUCCAAGAAGUAG